AUGUCUUCGCCAACAGACGGUUCGCAGCCCUUUAGUAAGUGGAGCAUCUUCGGCUUCACCACGACUCCUCAGGAGCGCAUUGGACCCGGUCCUCCUUACACGUAUCCGGCCCUUCAGGUGAACCUGUUCUUCCGAGUCUUCCUGGGCUUCGUCUCCCUCUUCGUCACCUGGGUACCGGCCCGGCUGCUGUGCCGGAAUGGGGAGUUCGCGGGGACCGUCUUGUGCGUGACCCUCAUGAUCAUCAACUUCUUCACCCUCGUCAACGCCCUGAUCUGGCGCGACGACAAUGUGGCCGAGUGGUAUGCUGGCUACGGCUGGUGUGACUUACAAACCUACAUCCAGUUUGCCAUACACACGGCCUUCAACGUCAGCCUGUUUGAGAUCAUGCGCGGUCUCACUGCCAAGGUCUCCAUCAACCGCGUCAGCGGUCCGACGGCCAAGGAGAGGCGCCGGGAGCGCAUCAUUUCGGCCCUCGUCAUCUUCACCGUGCCCGUCAUCCAGGUCGCCCUCAUCUACGUCGUCAUCGGCAACCGAUACGACAUAUCGACCCUGGUCGGAUGCAAUCCCGUCUACAUCCCUGACUGGAUCUUCUUUGUCUUUUACAUUCUCCCGACCCCUAUUUAUGCUAUUGCGGCCGCCAUCAUGUCAGGCGUGUGCUUUUACCGCUACCGACAGCUUGAGCGCGUGACCAGAAACGUGGUCCAAUCCGACGACAGCAUCGUGGCCGCCAGGCAGCACCGGGUCCGGAAGAAGCUCUACUUCAUGACCCUGUUCGUCAUCAUCGUGGUGCUGCCCAUCGUCCUGGCCUUUUUUGCUGAAAACAUGCUCAAGAGCAAGCCGCGCGUCUUUGCCUUUCACGACACGCACUUCGGCCCUGACCCCUUCAACAUCGCCUUCAUCUCCUUCACGACGUCUGACAAGAUGGGUUUUGUGGCUCUGGGCCACAACUUCAUAGCCCUGGCUGCCGGCCUCGUCGUCUUCAUCCCCUUUGGCACCACCGUCGAGGGCAUGAACAUGUACCGCAGAUGCUUCCUUGCCAUGGGGCUCGGUUACAUCUUUCCCGGUCUGCGGAAGGAGUACCAGCCCAAACGGGGACGCCGCGGUACCUUUAGCUGGUGGUCUACCUUGACGCGCACCAUUCGCGGCAAGACCGUUAUAGGAUCGAGGUGCGUUGAUCCCCCCUCUUCCAUCUCAUCUCCAGAGUGCGUCAUGACUAACACCCACCCUUAA